AAAAACAUGGGGUAUAAGAUUUUACAUCUACUGAUCUUGGCAUUUGCCGUAGUUUGUAUCCAGGCUUAUCAAUAUUCAGAUGCUUCUUCAGAAGAACAGUCACCAGAUGAAUUGGGUGUAACGACAUCCAUACCGAUUAUAAAUGAUGGAAUCUUGAAGUCAUCGAACACAUUCUGUUCGAAAUUUCUUCCGCUACUUUGUAACUUUUACAAAUGUUUGUACAAAUUUUUUAUUCAAAUUUGUGUGUGCCUAUCACAUUGUCCCGGAUCUUACCUAAUUAAACUGGAAGAAUGUUUGCAGAAAAUGCUGAGUAUAGUCAUACCACCAAUUUUUAAUUCAAUUUGCUGUUUAUUCAAAACAAAAAUAGAAUUUUUAAAAGGAUGUCAUUCAUUGAUAAUCGCAUUACUUAGUAAGUUUUAUUUAUGUGAGAAGAAGAUAGUCUUCAAUUGUUUGAUGAACUGUAUUAAAAAUUUAACCCAUAAUUUACCCAAUAAUUUAAACUAUGUGAAACAUAUAUUAGAGGAAGUCAAACAUAACUGCGCUUCUGGAGGCGGUAAUGCAAGCAAUACAAGUGGAAGCCUCUUAGGUAAUUUAGUUACAGGCUUUGGUGGAGCCUUAGGUGAAACCUUAGGUGGAAGUUCAGGCUUAGGUGGAAUCUUAGGUGGAGGCUCAGGCUUAGGUGGAAUCUUAGGUGGAGGCUCAGGCUUAGGUGGAGGCUCAGGCUUAGGUGGAGGCUCAGGCUUAGGUGGAGGCAUGGUUAUUGGGUAGUAGAUUACAUCUUAAAAUUAUUUAAGCUUGGCGAAUUAUAUAAUGACAAUGGCAAGACUAUUUGAAAUACGCACAUCGUAAAUGCUAAUAACAAUAAAAUUCCUUUCGUCGACGAAUGAAUAUAUUUCCUAUUAUGCACUUGUAUUUGUUUUAAGUAUUAACAUAAAAAUUGAUUAUAAUGAUAUAAAUUGUUAAAAAUGCU